AUGAGAACAGACUGUGGAUCAAAUUCCAAACUUGGUCAGAAAAUAAUCGAAAAGUUGUUCGAAAGUGAUGAAACAACAGAGAAUCCAAUAAUGAAUUACUGUGCUUCGGAAGGCAUUAAAUGGAUUUUUAACCCACCAGCAUCUCCAUGGAUGGGUGGUGUAUGGAAGAGGCUUGUUGGAUCUGUGAAAAGAAGUUUUCAAAAGUCAGUUGGAAGAAAGAAACUGUCAUUUGAACAGAUGGCUACUGUACUCACUCGUAUAGAGGCAAUUAUAAAUACACGUCCACUCACAAAACUCACAGCAACUGAUCUCUCUGAAAUUCCACUCAGACCUAUUGAUUUUCUGCAAGGAAAUUUCAAAUUCUCAAUUCUAAACUCUGAAAUGUCCAACUUCAGAAACGAUCCCACAUUUGAGCCAGAGUUGAUACAGGCAGCUGCUCAAGCUUACGAAGCGCUUGCAUCUUCAGAAAACUUUGCAACAAAGUUCUGGGAGAAAUGGAACACUGAAUAUCUUACUAUUUUACGUGACAGCCAUAGAUGUCAAUUGAAUCAGAAACGUCAUGUGAGUAAAAUCCCACAAGUCGGCGAAAUUGUUUUGGUUGAACAGGGUUUACUGCCCAGAGGACAAUGA